AUGUUGCACAGAGAGCUGAUUUUUCAUGAGUACCUCAAAGCCCUCCCCUUUUCAGAAGAGCUUUCUACAGUGUACAGUUUUAUUUUUUUCAAAAAGGAAAUGCUUGUGGUCUUUCUUGAUGCAUCUUUACAUUUCAAGCUGCAGCUCUCAUCAGAUGUAAACUGUCGUCCAAAGAUGAAGGACUUCCUGACAAAUUUUCCCUUUCGGGAACUCAGCAUCUUUGUCACCAUCGUUGGCAGUUUUACUUACAAUCUUUUGCUUGAGAGAGAUAUGGCGUGCACCUGCAAACAAGGAACUCCUGACUGUGGCAUAUACAUGGCUCUGCCAGCUUGUAUUAUCUUCAUCUUAAUACUUUGGACAGACAAGAAAUUUAAGACAGCCUGUAAGUUUACGUUCGCGUGUAGAUGUAAAGGUUCAAAAAAAGAUGGUGAGUCACCGUCACCUGCUGCUGUUGCAUCACAGGAACAGGAGCAACGGCAGGAGCAGAGUAAAUGCUGCAGGACAGAGUUAUGUGGAGUUCUUCUCAUUCGUAUUCUCAAAGCAGGCUGUGUUGGUCUGCUGUGGGUCGUUUCUGUGCUCAUGGAUGGAGACUGGUAUGUUUGCUGUAAUCUAGAAAAGUCUAAUAAUCGGACAAACUUAGCAUGCAAAGACAAACAAAACAUCACAGCUGAGGAAAAUAUAACCAUCAUUGAAAUGAAAAAUAAAUCAAGGAACAUUGGCUUUGGUCUGCUCUUUGGCAUCAUUGGUCUGGCAGCCCUGAUGUCACUGUUCGACUGGAAGAGAUGCUUUGAAUGCUGCUGUAGAAGAAGAAUUGUAUUUGACACGGUGAUCUUGGAGGAGGGAGAAUAUUUACUGAAAGAGAUUCUCACAGAAGCAGCAAAAGAAGAGCUAACCAAAACAAUCUUUAACCAAAUAAGUGAAACUCAAAAGGACUGGAUAGAAUGUCUCGACGCAGCUGCAAACAUGGUUGAAAAGUCAAGUGAACCAAAACUUUGUAAAAAACAAGAACAACUAAAAGAUGAGCUACAGAUGCGGCCGCAGGAGGUGCCACCACCACCGAAUCCACAGCUUUUUCUACGUCAACAUGUGCAGCGCUGAUUGAUUUUAUUUUGUGAAAUGCUGAAUCAUGGUGCAGU